AUGGACGAAACGACGAUCGAUUCGAUCUUCUCGGGAUCGUUGAAGUCCUUACCGCCGGUCAGCUCGAAAAUCGUGCGGAUUUUCACGAGUUCGACCUUCACCGACACAACAAUGGAAAGAAACACCUUGAUGGCCCAAUGUUACCCCAAACUGAAGGAUUACUGCAGAGAGAAGCAUGGUUUGGAGUUUCAGGUAGUCGAUAUGAGGUGGGGAGUGCGCGACGAAGCUACCGACGAUCACAUGACUACGGAGCUGUGUAUGAGGGAAAUAGAAAACUGUCAGAGAUUAUCCAUGGGACCGAAUUUCGUUGUAUUUCUCGGGCAAAAAUACGGAUAUCGUCCGAUACCGACGUACGUGCUCAGCUCGGAACUGGAGAUGCUCAGAACGGAAUUGGACAAUCAGGGGAUGGACGUCACUCUUCUGGACAAAUGGUACAAAAAGGACAGCAAUGCUGUGCCGCCUACCAGCAUAUUGCAACCGAUCUCGUCCAUCCUUAAGAAUUUCAACAAUAAAAGAAUACCCAAGCUGCAACAGGAAGACCAAGCGAUCUGGUGGGACACCAUGUUGAAGAUGCAAAAACUGUUCAGAAAGGGAGCGCAAUCCCUGUUCAAUUCCGGCAAGUUCGACAAGAACACCAUGCAUAAUUACUUCAUGUCCGUUACUGAAAGGGAGGUGAUCAACGGCGUGUUGAACGUGAAAAACACCAAAAACCACUGUCUGGCGUAUGUGCGAUACAUAAACAACAUUAAUCUGCAAAACCUACGGAAGGCCAGCCUGUUCUUGGACAUAGCUAACAGAAGCUUGGACAACGAAGCCUCGAAAUUAUUGGCGGACCUCAGGGACGAAAGACUACCGAAUAAAAUUGAGAGCACGAACUUGCAGAGGUACACCGUGGAAUGGAUCGGAAGAGAGGGUUUGGAUCCUGAGACUCACAGCGAGUACCUGCAGCACUUUAUAACACACUUUUACAGAAACAUAGUGAAGCUCGUGGACCGUGCCAUGAGGAAGGAAGACAGCUCCGCGCAGGGACAGAUAAUAACGGAGAUCUUGCAACACCUUCAUGCUUGCAACAAUUCCGUGAAGGUAUUUUAUGGACGCGAGGAUACCUUGGAGAAGAUAAAAAACUACAUGCUGGGUGACAGUGAUAAGCCGCUGGUGUUAUAUGGAGAAGGCGGUUGCGGUAAGACCUCUCUGUUAGCAAAAAGCGCAGGUUUGACCAGCAGCAGCUGGCUCAUGGGCAAGAAACCGAUCAGUAUAAUUCGAUUUCUGGGGACUACCCCCGACAGCAGUGCGCUCACCCCUACACUGAUUUCGAUUUGUCAACAGAUCUCGUACAAUUACGGAUUAUCGUUUGAAGAAAUCCCUGACGAUCUGGUGCCGCUCACGGCUUACUUCAAGUACUUAUUGACUUUAGCUAACACCGAUCAGCCCAUUCUAUUGUUUCUAGACAGUGUCGAUCAGUUGACGGGUGUGCAGGGCAAUAAGUUGUCGUGGUUACCCACGAGACUUCCGGCGAACUGCAAGAUGAUUUUGUCGUGCGCGGCGGAGGAAUCGAACCCGGUGAUUUCAAGGGACUACCAGCUCCUACGCAGGAUGAUUGACACCGAGGAAAGCUUUAUUGAGGUGACCGCUCUGGGCGAAGACUUAGCUAUGGAUGUGAUAAGAAUGUGGAUGAAGACGGCCAGGAGGGAUCUGAACAACUACCAGUGGCGUUUGGUGGCGAACGCGAUAUCGAAGUGUUCCCUGCCGAUCUUCGUGAAGCUCGUGUUCGCGGAGAUCUGCAGGUGGCGCAGCUACACGAAACCGGCGGACACCCACUUGGCCAGCACGGUGAUGGACAGCAUAAUGAUGCUGUUCGAGAGGAUCGAGAAGCAACACGGCAAGAUCCUGGUAUUCCACGCAUUGGCCUACAUCACAGCCGCUAAAUCGGGCCUGUCGGAGUCCGAGCUCGAGGAUUUGAUCUCUCUGGACGACAAGGUCCUGGACGACGUCUAUCAGUACCAUUUGCCGCCGGUGAGACGUAUUCCCCCCCUGCUCUGGACCCGAAUAAGGAACGACCUGCCGAAUUAUCUGAGCGAAAGGGAGGCGGACGGUGUGAGCGUGCUGAACUGGUACCACAGGCAAUUCAGGGACACCGCUAAGGAGCGUUAUUUCAAAAACAUGAAUAUGGCCAUGUAUUUCCAUUCGAUGAUCGCGGAUUAUUAUCUGGGGAUUUGGGGCGGUGGCAAGCCGAAGCCUUUCAAGUACACGGAGAUACAGAGACACCGGUUCAAUUUGACGGACAAGGAAGGUGUGGCGGAUAGAAAAGUGCCGGAACAGCCGUUGGCCUUUUACUCGAAGGAAGGGACUAUCUCGAGAUAUAACUUACGAAAGUUCGGAGAAUUGCCAUUUCACCUUGUGAGGGCGCGACGUUUCAAGGAUCUGUUCGAGAACGUUUUAUUCAACUACGAAUGGCUGCAUGCCAAAUUGAGCUCUUGCCCUCUGCAAGCUGUGCUUUCCGACUUUGAGGAUGCUUGCAACUUCAUCGACAACCAGGGUUUAGUGAGAGAACUCAUGUUAGUGGCCGAUGCUUUGAGAUUGGGUGGCGCAAUUCUGGGGAAUCACCCGGACAUGCUGGCGCCCCAAUUGAUCGGCCGACUGCUGCCGGAGAUCGGCGCGAACGUUAACGUGAGGAUGUUGCUCCGGGCAUGCGAUCACGACGGUGUCAAGGAUUGCGCGUUACUUCCUCUCUACCAUUGUUUACACACACCGGGCGGACCGUUAAAGUACUCGCUGGAGGGUCACCAGUUCGCGGUGUUUGGAUUUUGUCUGACGUCGGAUUACCGCUACGUGGUGUCGAUAUCAAACAAAUUUAUCACCUGGGAUCUGAGCACCAGCGACAUGACGAGAGACGUCAAUCCCGGCGUGGAGGGCAUAAUGCAACAAUUGGUCCUGAGUCCCGACAACAGAUACGCCGCGGCAUUUACGACAAAUCACCAGACGGUCGUGUUGAACACCUUGACGAGCGAAUUCGUCGUCAUCGAUAAUCCUUUGCCGAACGAGGACGCGGUGUGCGGCGUGUAUCUGAUGAACCAGUACGCCUUCAUUUGCGGUAAGCUGGGCUGGUGCAGGUUCGACUUACGAGGGAACCUGCUGGACACUCACACCAAUCCCGAAGACUCCAACAAGUGGCCGAUUCUACAUGUGGAGUACACGGAUUUGGACCACUACAGAAUCGUAUUCUGGUCGGGAAGCAUCAACGAUACGCGUAUGCUCUUGCAUACUUACAAAAAGAAAAUAUCGCUGGAUCCAUUUCAGUUUCACAGCGCUAUGGUUAUGAACAAGAACAAGGAUACCUUGUACGCGUGCACGAACCAAGACGACUACAGGAUUACCAAGUACAGCAACGACGAGAUAUCGUCUUACUGGGAGAAGAUCUUCGACAUGCCCCGGGCGUACAACGAUGACGUGGAGUAUCUAUUGCAGCUGAAGUUGGAUCGAGAGGAAGAGAUGCUGUUGGCGACCACGGGAAACGGCUUCAUCGUAUGGUUCCUGGAGAGUAAAAGCGACGCGCACGUAUUGAUGCUGCCGAAUGGCGUGAGGAACAUCAGCACCAGGAUGAUGUGCUCGAAUUCCAUCAUGAUCAGCGGCACGAAGAACUACGCUGUCGCUGGUGUAAGGAAAAAUCUGUAUGUUUGGUCGCUCGAAACUUCCGAGCUAGUGAAGAUACUGGACGCGCACUUCGCGAGGAUCAUUCAAUUGGAGGCGCUGACGAUUGGCAACUGGAACAGCGUUGUGACGUCGAGCAUCGACAGAAGCGUCAAAGUGUGGAAUAUCAACAACAUUUUCGAGCAAGUUCACGUCAUCGACAGACACGAACUGCAGAUCGACAUGAUAAGUUUAGCCGAGGAAGGCAAUCUGGCCGUCACGGUCACCAGGGAUUGCGUCGGCGUUUGGGACCUACAAACAGGCAGGCUGAUAUCGAAGCUGGCCGACAGCCCUUUAGGGGCUAUCGUCACACACGCUUGCAUCUCGCAGGACAGCAGAUACAUCGUGUCGACCGAAUCGGGCAAUGUUCUCGUGUGGAAUAGAAUCACGGAGCAGGUAUUGUUCAAAGAGGAACAGCCUAGCGUCAAGCAAUUGAUGUUGAUCGAAAACUCGUCGAAGUUCAUGGCAGUCUCUAGGCCGAACAAUCCCGCAGGAGUGGAGAACGUGCGAACCAUGGCGACCCUCGUUAUGCGAAGUAUUCCUGAUGGCAAAACGAUUUUCUCUCUGGAGUAUCCAGUAAGAAGCAACACCGGCACACCUUUCCGGCAGGUGGCCAUAACAUCCGAUGACGCUUUCCUGGCGGUACCAGCGGCUGACAAGGGCAACAGAGAUUGCAUUGUGAUUUACAGCGCCAAGGCAGGAGCGCUGAUCAGCAAAAUACCAAUAAAGUUGCCUGGAUUCAAGGAUAUCAUACAUAUCACUCCUAUGCCUAACAAAUCGCAAUGGGUGGGAAUCAUCGGCUCCGACAAGGGUAUGAUUCUCGACAUUAAUAAGAAAAAAGUUUUACGUGCGAUUCCAAAAUGGAGUGGAAAUAUUAGCAAGGACGGCAAGUAUACGCUAUACGCUCCCAGCAGAGGUGGUCUCGAGCUCAUAGAACUGAAGAAAGGUACAAGCGUGAAGACAUAUAUACCAAAGGUUGCUGAAGGAGUAUUUACCGUUAUAUCAAUGUUUAAUCGCACAGACGAAUACGUGCUUUACUAUCACAGUGGUCGAAAAACUAUUAGAGUCUUCAGAUCUUCGGACUGUGAAAUGAUAUCGAAUUAUAGAGUACAAGCUGAAUUGAGCGCCAUCGAUAGCACGUAUGAUGGCAAAAGUAUCGUUUUGGGAACAGUCGAUGGAUGUGUGUCGGUAUUGGCUAUAGCUGACUCUAAAAAGCUUGAGAUGAAAGAAUACCUAGCAAACGUACCGUCUCGUGAUGAACAGUGGAAGAGAAAAACCGAAAAGCAUCGGGCUGCGAUAAAGUUUAAGGCUGCCGCCCGGAUCGCCCGUGUAGCACACGAUUUAUCCGCAAUUGUGAAAUCCUCGAACGUCACGGAAGUGAUCGAGGAAGCGGAUUAA